CCGGCCCUCAGUUAAAAGCGCAUCAUGAAAGUCAAAGCAAUUCUGAGUGCGCUGCUGGUGGUCGUCCUCGCGACAGGAUAUAGCGAAGCCAACAAAAUCACGAGCUGCCACAGCUGCAACGGCAUCAACUGCCAGCGAACGGAUCAUUCGCAGGUGCAGAAGUGCGUGGACUCGCUGGACUACUGCGUGACCAUCUACGAUAAGUCGCAAGUUCUGUACAAAGGUUGCUCUCUGGAGAUACCCACUAAGCUGCGCCAUCGAUGUGACUCGCCACAUGACGAUUCGUGCUUGAAGUGCAACUCGGAUAAUUGCAACAAUGUGGGUUCCAUGAAGUACGCCUGUGUGCAGUGCGACUCCAGCCAGGACAGCAACUGUGCUGAGAACGCAGCCAGCUUGAAGCCAACAGUUUGCACAGCUCCAACGGCCAUCAACUCCUAUUGCUAUGUGAAGGCCUCAAAUUCGGGCAGCAACAUUCAGCGAGGCUGUUCCACAACUGUGACUGAUCAGCAAAGCUGCCUCAAGGACUCCAACUGUCUGCUCUGCUCGUCCGGCGAUAUUCGUGGCUGCAACAGCUUGAAUAUUACAUUCGAUUCGAAUGCUGGCAAUCGUUUCAUUCGUUUUCUGCGCUAGUUUUAAAGUUGACUGCAUUUCUUUAAGCUUCCAUAUUCCUGUUAAAAAACAAUAAACAUUUGGCAUCAGUAUAUAUACAAAAUAUAAAUAUAUAUCG